UUGCUGAAUGAAAUUAUCCUAGCUUCAAAACAUUAUAAAGCGGCUAGCGUGAGCACUUGUGAAUAGUUCAUGUAGUAAUUCUCGUUUAAGAUUUUGACCUACCGAAAACAUGACUUAGACCUCAUGAGACUAACACAGAAGGCCCACACGUUAUUGCGUUCACGCAUAGCAACAGUGUCGCGCAAUGCACCAUGGAAGUGGAUCACAGAAUAUUCAACGACAGCUCCAAAAAUCCAAGUCUGUCUCUGGGUCAGAAACCGAGGAGCAGCAGCAGCCGUCUAUGGCAGCUACACAACAACAAGCUACAGUUAGCCAUCCUCAGUCUCCUGUGACCACCUUUUCCUCUGCUGCCAGCCCUUCAGCCCCUCAGUCACCCAAUUAUCAGAUCAUCAUGAGUCGGAGCCCAGUCACAGGACAGAACGUGAACAUCACAUUGCAAAACGUGGGACUGGCUGCUAAUCAGCAGAUCACUUUAACUCCACUCCCCAUCCAGAAUCCAGCAUCACCUGGGUUCCAGCACAGUGCAUCUCAGUGGAGGUUUGAGCAUGCUCCAUCCUCCUACAUUCAGGUCACCUCACCCGUGCCCCAAACCAUUCAGCCCCAAAGUCCUACGCAGCAUAGCCCCGUCUCUUUACAGGGUGUCACUAGGCCGGGGGCCCCUUCUACAGCAUUGGGAGUCCGUGGACAAAGCCCCACACGGUUUGUUGAAGCUAGCAUGAUAGUGCGACAGAUCAGUUUAGGCAGCCAGCCGGGAGGAAGCCACUUUGUUUAUCAGGAUGGGACGGCACUUGCCCAGCUCGCCCCUCCACCCGGCCAGGUCCAACUUGCAUCUGCGGGAGCCCCAGGCUCAGUGAGGGAACGGAGGCUCUCUCAGACUCAUUCUCAGACAGGUGGCACCAUCCACCAUCUUGGCUCUCAAAGUCCUGUUGCCGCCGGUACAACACUCCCCACUCUGAACAGCCCUGGACACAUCACCACUUCCAGUCUACCGCCACAGAUUAGCAACAUCAUCCAAGGGAAACUGGGGCGCCCUAUCAUCUUCGAGAAGACUGCACAAGGUGUGGUUACUGGAGUGGGAACCCCAGCUACAGCGACGUUCAGCAUACCUUCCUCCAUUCCACCCUCUAGUCCCUCCCUCACGAGUCCUCCGCCAGGGAUCAGCAGCAAUCCUCUCACACCCACCAGUAUGACCACUGCUUCCAUUAAGAAGCAGACUCCCAAGAAGCUAGAAGAAAUUGCUCCUGCUACUCCUGAGAUCGCCCAAUUGAGAAAGCAGUGCUUGGAGCACCACACUAAGAAGAUGGAAAGCCUGAAGGAAGUGUUUAAAGAGUACAUGGUUGAACUGUUCUUUCUGCAGCACCUUCAGGGGAAUAUCAUGGACUAUCACGCAUUUAAGAAGAAACAUUGUCACCCCUUAAAUACUUACCUGAGACAGAACGAUUUGGAUCUUGAUGACGAGGACGAUGAAGAAGAACAGUCGGAGGUUAUUAAUGACGAGGUGAAGGUUGUUACAGGAAAGGAUGGUCAGGCAGGGACACCGGUUGCUAUAGCAACGCAGCUCCCUCCCAAUGUUUCUGCUGCUUUCUCUACACAGCAGCAGUUUCAGGUACAUCAAGGGGGAGCGUCAGGCACCAUUACAAACCCUGGAGACAUGGAUGCCUUUAAAAGGCAACAGGCUAUGGUGCAAACAGAUCAGGCUAAGAGGCCCCGGAUUGACGUUGGUCGCCAUGGGCUGAUUUUCCAACAUCCUGGUGUAGCUCCUUUAGGAUCACCUGGCGUUCCACUUCAGCAGCUAAUGCCAACCGCGCAAGGCGGUAUGCCACCUACUCCUCAAGCAGUCCAACUCGCAGGACAAAAGCAGAACCAGCAGCAGUACGACCCAUCCAAAGGACCGCCGGUCCAGAACGCAGCCAGCCUGCACACCCCUCCUCCUCAGCUACCCAGCAGGCUGCCGCAAGGCGCCCUACCGAUGGCAAGCAUACCCCUGGCUCUCUCUCAGCAGGCUCAGUUAGUGGAGAAUUCGACUCAUGCUGGUGUGCAAGUCCACGUGCAGGCGGGCGGGGCUGUGCUGGCUGCCAUGAACCCCCACACACAGCUUCAGUCCCAGCUGCAGCAGAUGCAACCAGGUGUUCAUAUUCAGCUGCAGUCCCAGCAACAACAAUCCCAGACAAAUCUGCAACCAGGACAAGCGACUGUGGCACUUGCUCGUCCCGGUACUGAUCUGAACCAGCCUGUUCAGAGGAUUAUGACCAACUCUGUAUCAGUAACAUCUGUGGUUCCUGCUCCCACUUCUGCUGCCAAUUCGAAUCCACACACAGCAGGUUCUCUUCGUCCUCUCGGCUCUAUCGUCAACCCAGGAACCCCGUCUAAGCUGACAGGAACAAACGGAAUUUCUUCUGUCAAAAUAGGCGGCUUCAGCCAAAACACGACCGCUCAGACCCCACAAGAAGGCUCCCAGGACAGGCCAGCUGAGCAGGCCAAACUGGAGAGCCAGGUACACCAGCGCAUUUCCGAGCUAAGGAAGGAGGGUCAGUGGUCAGCCAGCAGGCUUCCUAAGCUUAUGGAAGCUUCACGUCCAAAGUCCCACUGGGAUUACCUCCUGGAGGAGAUGCAGUGGAUGGCAGCGGACUUUGCUCAGGAGAGAAGGUGGAAGGAAGCCGCUGCAAAGAAGCUUGUUCGUACAUGUGCUCGUUACCAUCAAGAACAGAAGAAGAAUGAAGAAAGGUCACAGAAACAAAGGGAAGUUCAUCUUCGUCAUAUUGCCAGUACGAUUGCCCGAGAGGUGGAGUUCUUCUGGUCAAACAUUGAGCAGGUGGUAGAAAUCAAGCUCCAGUUUCAAAUCAAUGAGAAGAGGCUUAAAGCUCUUGGCCAACAAAAAGCAACAGCAACAGCAGAAAAAGUCGAUAAAACGGAGGCGACUAACACUGGUAGAAAGAGAAAAUCAAGUUUUUCGUUGGAAGAGGCCACUGAUGAAGAAAGCACCAUAGAGGAACAGGAAGUCAUUGAAGGAGAAACAGACCACAAAGCAGAAUUGAUCGACCUUGCAAAAGAUGCUGAGAUGUCUCUGGAUGCUUUAAAGAAACAGUAUGCCGGUGCUUAUGCUGAUGACUUUGAGUGGCCUCAGCCUAGUUCUUGCUCCGAAGAGGAUGAUGUGGAGGAGACUGAAGAAAUGGAAUGUGUUCCAAGCAGUCCACCGGAAGCGGUGGUAAUCGACUCUCUGCUUAGCAUGGACCAACAACGCAGCGCAGAUAAAUCUACGUCAAAUUCAAACGGGAAGGCUGGUAGAGACAUUGCUGAAGUGGCAGCUGCUACAGAGCUCCUCCUGCCCAAGGGCAGCCUCAGAAUCACGACGUCUGCCCACAGUCCAGCACCUGCUCUGUUGCAUGGGUUGUUGAGAGAAUAUCAGCAGAUUGGAGUGGACUGGCUGGUAAGCCUUCAUAAGAAACGGCUCAAUGGCAUCUUGGCUGAUGAGACGGGCCUUGGCAAGACUGUGCAGACGGUGGCUUACUUGGCCCACCUAGCUGGUCAAGAGGGCAUUUGGGGACCCCAUCUGAUUGUAGUGAGAACUUGCAAGUUGCUGAGUUGGGAGCUGGAGUUCAAGCGCUGGUGUCCUGGUCUUAAGAUCCUCCUUUACCAGGGUAAAAGAAGGGAGCGCAGAUACAAAAGAAUGUUAUGGGAGGACUCCAACAGCUUUCAUGUGUGUGUGACGUCAUACAAGCUGCUGAUGAAAGACCAGAGACAUUUUCUGAAGAAAAGAUGGAGACAUCUGGUUCUAGAUGAGGUGCAACUCAUCAAAAACAUGACAGAAAAGCAGUGGGAAACUAUCUUUUCUCUCAGAAGUGAGCAAAGGAUACUUCUUAUCCACACUCCACUUCAAAAUACGCUGAAGGAGUUUUGGACCAUGAUCCACUUCCUGCUGCCAGGAAUUACCAGGCCAUACUCGGACUUUCCUAUCAAGGGUGACUCAGACGAGAACCAGGACUACUGCCACAAAUUGGUUAUUCGUCUGCAUAGGAUGAUCCAGCCAUUCAUCUUGAGGCGCUCUAAAAGGGAUGUUGAGAAACAGCUUCCCAAGAAGUACGAGCACAUUCUGAAGUGCCGUCUCUCAAAUAGACAGAAAACCCUCUAUGAGGACAUCCUUACACAGCCUGGGACACAAGAAGCACUGAAGUCGGGUCAUUUUGUCAGUGUGCUUCAAGUUUUGAUGCAAUUGCAGCGAGUGUGUAACCACCCUGAGUUGGUGGUGCCCAGAGAAAGCAGCAGCGCCUACUUCUCCUCUUCUCUUCAGUACAACGUGCCAUCACUGGUUCUGGGAGCUAUUGAGGAAGAUGCAAGCCAGACUGCAAACCUGUCCUUGUUCAAUCUGAUCAACAACGAGAACAGACUGACUCGUUACCAGACAGAAGAAGCGAUACCUAAGCUAAGGGUCACUCAGCAGCUCAUAGAGGAAAUCUACACGGCUCCUCAGCCACCACCGAGACCCAAACCAUGUCCGAUAAAACCCAUGAGGUUGUUCCAGCCAGUGCAGUAUGGUACAAAGCCAGAAGGUCGAUUGGCUGCCAUUGGGAAUGCAGCGGGUCAGCGGCCCCCAACAAGCUCUCUGUCAACUGGCACCUUAGUUUCCACUGUCAGCCAGUCUGGCCAGGUUCGAGGCAAGUCCCCUGUUACUGCCCCAACAGCACCACCAACUUCUCAUGCCGUUGGAACAGCUACUCAGAGACCCCAGGCUACUCCUACUGUCAGCAGCAGCAACAACAACACUGCAUCUUCCUCCAUUGCCUCCUCUGGGAACAGUGGCAACGGGCAGCAUGUUUUGGGAGCUACUCCGUUGGCCUUGGGUCAGACCUUAGCUGGAACAGUCGUAGGCUCGAUGACUUCCAUCAGCCAGGCUGGAGUAACCCAGGUUCCAAGGCCAGGUUUAGCCCCCAGCCAUGCCAUCCAGCCCAGUCUUUUGUCCCAGAGGUUGGUUCUUACAUCUCAGGCCCAGGCACGGUUGCCUAGUGGAGAUGUGGUGAAAAUUGCCCAGCUGGCCAACAUGGCAGGAAGUCAGAACCGCAUCUCGCAGCCAGAGACUCCGGUCACCCUGCAGUUUCAGGGGAACAAGUUCACUCUGUCCCACAGCCAGCUCCGCCAACUCACCACUGGACAGCCUUUGCAGCUCCAAGGUACACUCGGCAACAUCCUGCAGAUUGUGUCCGCUCCAGGGCAGCCGAUUAUACGACCCCCGGGCUCCAUGGUGAUGCAAACGAUGCCUCAAACCGUUCCUGCCUCUAGCCCUGCAGCGACACCUGGAACCCCUCAUCCUGCCCUCUCAAUGGCUCAGCAAGCAUUGGGCGCGACUUCAAAUGCAACAUCAUCUACAUCCAAGCUUACAACUGCAGGUCAUGGGGCUUCACUGGAGGCAUCGGAGGAAAAGUCUCAGCAGCUGAAGGAGCGCUUGAGCCGCCUGUUUGAAGCAAAUGAACAGCGCUGUAACCGCAGAGUGCUGUAUGGGUCCGACCUGCUGCAGGCAUGCACUUUGAGUCCAGAAUCUGCUCACACCGCCCUGACUGCUGGGGGCUGGAGGUGGGUGGGCAGAGAAAGCUGCUCUAGAGCUCAGAGAACCUGUGUGGGUACCACGUCCGUGCUGCAGUCUGCUUUGCUGACCGUGGAGAACCAUCAUGAAGCUGCUGGAAGCCUGAUCAAGAGGUUGACAUGUGUGGUGCCCGCAGCUGUAGCUCCGCCUCCUCAUCUGUAUGCGGCAGAUCCUUCAGUUUCCUACAGGCUUCAGCAGAAAUCCUUUCAGCAGCAGCUGCUGGAGGCCUCUGAGCCUCACAGUGCAGACAUUCACCAUUUAGCCUCCAGACAUUUCUUGGCCCGUCCUGACUUACAGUUAAUGCAGAUGGACUCGGGUAAACUGGAAGCUCUUGCCAUUCUGCUGCAGAAGCUUAGGUCAGAGAGUCGACGUGUCCUCAUCUUUACUCAGAUGUUUAAGAUGCUGGACAUCUUGGAGGCCUUCCUGGAUCACAGGCAACUCAAAUAUGUGCGCAUUGAUGAAAGCCUCACAUAUGAAGAAACACAGGAAAAUAUGAGGACGUUUAACACCAACAAGCAGGUGUUCUGCAGCAUCCUGACCAACUGCUGCUGCUCUGAGGUCGGAACCAUUGUUGAUGCAGAUACAAUCAUUUUCUACGACACGGAUCUCAACCCAAGCAUGGACGUCCGCACUCAAGAAUGGUGUGAAAAAGUGGGGCGUUCCAAGGAUAUUCACAUAUACAGGCUGGAGAGUGGCAACUCAAUUGAAGAGAAGCUGUUAAAAAAUGGGACCAAGGAGCUUAUAAGAGAAGUAGUUGCACAGGGCACUGACUACAGUUUGGCUUUCCUCACACAGUCGACAAUCCAAGACCUGCUGGAAGUAGAAGCAACUUCAGGGGUGAAGGUGGAGGAGUUUGUGGUGCUUCAUCAGGAGCCUUCGGCCUCUGAAUCUAUUUCUCCCAAAGUAGCAAGACCCUACAUCCAGGCUCUGCACAGUAUAAAUCUGGAUGUCCAAUCAGAGGAGGGAGAGCCCCAAGAGGAGGAGCUGGGAGUGAGAUCACCAUUAGAGUCAGAGAUCCAAACUGAAGAAGAACCUGGCCUGCUAGAGGAGUUGAACGCAGUCAUGGAACAGCUUACUCCUAUUGAAAGAUACGCUCUGCAUUACUUGGAGUACCUCCACAUCGGUGAUGACGAAGCUGCUCUAAAGGAGAGGUUGGAGUGUGCAAAGAGAGGCUGGGAGCUACAGCAACUACAGAAACUGAAAGAGGAGGAAGAGGAGGAAAAAUGCCAGCUGAUGGAGGGAGAGGAAGACCUCUUCACCUAUACCAGAGAAGAUGCAUACAACAUGGAAUAUGUGUUUGAUGCAGAGGAUGGGCAUACAGAAAUUAUGCCGGUUUGGACUCCGCCCACGCCACCACAGGAUGACAAUGACAUUUACAUCGAUUCGGUCAUGAUGCUGAUGUAUGACACCACACCUGUGCCGGAGUCCAAGCUGCCUCCUAUCUACAUCCGCAAGGAGCACAAGAGGCUCAAGAUGGAUCCCUCAGCAGCCAGAAAGAAGAAGAAGGGUCACGGGGAGACGGUCAUUCCUCCACGCUCCCUCUUCGAAAAGGCCAGCAUGCUCAAAGUUCGGCGUGAAGGCAAAGACCAGAAAAAGAACUUUUCCAUCAAACAGCCUCCAUUUGCCAAACCGCUGCCGUCACUGGCUAAACCUGCCAUGGAGGCUGGUCAGGAUAACCCAGAGUGGCUCAUCAGUGAGGACUGGGCUCUGCUUCAGGCUGUGAAACAGCUGCUGGAGCUGCCUUUGAAUUUGACAAUCGUGUCUCCUGCCCACACACCUAACUGGGAUCUGGUGAGCGACGUGGUGAACUCCUGCAGCCGUAUCUACCGCUCACCCAAACAGUGUCGCAACCGCUACGAGAACGUCAUCAUUCCUAGAGAGGAGGGCAAGUUGGUGUAUGAGCCCAACCCGAAGAAGAAAUCCAAGAGCAUAUAUAAGUCUAAGAACAGCCGUCCUUUGCGGACCUGCCAGAUCUACUCCCAGGAUGACAACAGCUCACAGAUUCAGCUGUACAGCAGUCGCUUUGAACUCAUGAAAAUAAUCGCCAGUAAGAGGAGCCCACCUAUCAAACCGCUGCUUGGAAUGAAUCCCUUCCAGAAGAAUCCCAAACACGCGUCGGUCUUAGCAGAGAGUGGGAUUAGUUACGAUAAGCCCCUGCCUCCCAUUCAGGUGGCCUCUCAGCGGGCUGAAAGGAUUGCCAAAGAGAAAAAGGCCCUUGCAGAGCAGCAGAAAGCCCAGCAGUUGGCCCAGCAACAAGCUGGAGCUCCCCAGACUCAGGCUGCGGCCGGUCAGGCCCAGACUCCUGCUGUCGGCCAAGCUCAGGUUCCACAGGCUGCUGGGGUAACUGGAGCUACUGCUGUGCCCAAUGCAGCUGUACUGGCCGGGGCGAUUAAAAACGCCACUGUGGGCACCACCAUUCAGGCCGCAACUGUAGGAGGGAAUGUGAUUGUGAACACAGGAGCUGGGAUUUCCCAGAGUCCCUUCCAGGCCAAUAAACGCCUGGCAUCUCCAGUCAUACCAGGCACCCUGUCUCCUGCAGGCAGCGCUGGAGCCCAGGUGGUCCACGCGCAGAGGGCUACCGCCGCCCCGACUGAAGUGGUCGCCAUAGCUACAGGUGGUGUGCGAGCUGUGACCCCGGUGACAGCUUCUGCCGUGGUUUCUACUACUUUGAGCCCUGUACAGUCACAAACUCGCCCGCUGGUCCCCCCGGUCACACCAGCGCCAGGUAUCUCGAUGACAACGAAGUCCUUUACUCAAGCCCAACUGCAGAUGUUACGACAGCAGCACCUGGCAGCUCCUUCUCAGAUCAAAGGUGUAGGCAAAACCCAGGAGUUAUUAAAACCUGGACAGAAGCAUAAGGGGGCGGGACAGCAGGUGGCGGCGGUGGCGCAGGGUGCCGUGGCCCAGCAGCCCAGCCAGGUGCAGCCCGCUCAGGCUGGCCAAGCCAGUCCUCAGCUGGCCACCGUGGCUGCAGCCAGACCUGGAGCCGUCCUCGCUGCAAACACGCUGCAAGUGACCAGACUGACUCGAAUGCCCUCUCAGGGGCAAAUACAGGCCCAGGCAGGACAGACGGCUCAGGUGACCCUCACCAAGCCUCCGGUGGUGUCUGUGCCAGCAGUGGUCUCUGCAGUGACCACGAUGUCAGGACUAAGUGUGGCUAUUAAUCAAGCACAGAAAACUGGGGCCCCUGUGCUGACGACCGGCUUCCCCCUGGUGCAAGUCCAGGGGCAGAUUCCGAUGAAGAAACCGCAGCACCCGCCAGCCAUCCAGGCCGCUGCAGCUCAGCAGAAAGCAGGGCAGCCUCAGCAAGGACAGGCCACCGUUCAGCAGAAGAUUGGUACCCAGCAGGUAACGAUGCAGGCGGCCCAGUCGGCGCAGCAGCAACAGAAGGUGACCUACGCAGCAACGCAGCAACUGCAGCCUGGAAUCAAAACCCAGUUCUUCACUACUGCAUCCAUCGCCCAGACCCAAAAACCAGCCGGAGCCCAACAAAUCCAGGUGGCUAAGCUCCCACAAAUAGUGCAGCCGGCUGUGGCCAACAUUCAGCAGAUAGUGUCGUCUCCCCAGCAGGGUCAGCCUCAGACAGUGACCCUGGCACAGGCUGCUACGUCGGCGUCGGGUCAAGUUCAGAUGAUCCCUACAGGGACGCCCACGACGCAGGUGGUCCAGCAGAAGAUCAUCCCACAGCAGGUGGUGACGCCCGCCACGCAGAUCCAGCCGCAGAAUCCGCACAGCCCCGCCCAUCCGCCCUCAGCCGCCCCCUCAGCCGCCGAGUCCCCCGGACAGCUGCCUGGUCAGGCCCAGCAGCCCACCAAGAAUCAGGCUCGCCAAGGGGGCGUGAGGGCCAAAACGCCCGCCAAGCCCAGCGGGGGGAGCAGCUAGGCAUGCCGUGUAAUGAAACCACUCUCCAAGUGUUUUUUUGUUGGUUUUUUUUUUUUCCUCUGCAGCUCACAUGAGGUUGUUCCAGAUCCAACAACAUCUAAGUCCUGAAAACCAGCCACUGUCUUCAUCACAACAAGCCCUUUGUCUCCCCUCCUGUUUAACUCGAAUCAAUAUUUAGGGUUUGUUUCAGAGCUAAUAGCUGAUCAACACUGGAAGAUCAGUGACGAGACAGUGACCCGUUCUUAUUUUGAUUUAAAUGUGUAUUAUUUGUUAUCAACAACGUCAAUAUGAACCCAAUGAUCAGCAGCUCAGUCCACCAAACAUCACUGGUCUUGUUUUUCAUGAAUAUCUGACCUAACAAGAUGGAGUCAUUCUGUUUUUGGGGAUGAGCUCGCCAUUAGUGUAAGAGUCAUCAUUAUUAGUCGCCUGUACGUCCGAUUCUGUUGUUACCUAGAUGAUCGCGUGGACAAUAAUGGUCUCCUUUAAUCUUUUUUUUUUUUUUUUAUGUCCGUAAAUACACUGUAAACAUGUACUUUAGUGUUUUUAUGUUUUCUCACUUCUUCUUUUUUUUAAUUGAUGUCAAAAGGAAAAAUAAGACCCUGUAAAUAUCAACCAAAAAACAUUUGUACUUGUAAAGUAGUUGUGUUUUCAUUGGAUUUUUCAGCCUAAUUGUAAUAAAGUGUUUUGUUUUUAUACACAAA